AAAAAAAAAAAAGAAAAAAAAAAGAAAAGAAAAGUAAAGCAGCCGCCUCAUCUACCUCGUCUCUCAAUCACCUCGUUGGCUCUCUCAAUGAGGAGCCCGACGAUUUAGGGUUUCUUACCAUUGAUUAUAUCAACUCCCACCAUCUUCACGAAGCUCUCCUUUGUUUCUUUGCAGGUUCUUAGUAUUAGUUCUAGAACAUGCCGAAAGAGAGAAAAGACCGUUCGGUAUCUCAUGAUAGGUAUAGAGGAUCGCCGCUGUGUUGUGAGUCAAGUCGUGCUUUGAAGCCGAGUGAUAAACAAGUUAAGGAAUGGGAAGAAGCUAGGUGUCCUGUAUGUAUGGAGCAUCCUCAUAACGGGAUUCUUCUCGUUUGUUCUUCUUAUGAAAACGGUUGUCGGCCUUACAUGUGUGACACUAGCCAUCGGCAUUCUAACUGUUUUGAUCAGUUCAGAAAGGCUUCUAAAGAGGAACCUUCUUUGUCUUUACCUCAUGAACUAGAGGAAAGUAGUGUACCAACUGAGACAGAAAAUGUAGCUUCAGACUCAACUGCUGUAAAUCUAGGAGAAGAGGCUGCAUCUGAGGUAACAGUUGUGAAUUUAAGGGAAGGUGAGAAUGGAGAAGGGUUAGUAGAAGAAGAAAUUGUAGCAACAGAUGACGACAAUGAAAAAAGCAAACCACCUAAGCUUACUUGCCCGUUAUGCCGUGGACAUAUAAAAGAAUGGGUAGUUGUUGAACCUGCUCGAUGUUUCAUGAACUCUAAGCAUAGAAGCUGUUCUUGUGAGACUUGUGAUUUCAGCGGAACCUACUCCGAUCUAAGAAAGCACGCAAGGGUUCAGCAUCCAGGAGUAAGGCCAUCAGAAGCAGAUCCAGAGAGACAGAGGAGCUGGAGGAGGCUAGAAAGACAGAGAGAUUUAGGGGAUUUAAUUAGCACACUCCAAUCUUCAUUCGGAGGAGAAGAAAGAAGUACUGAUGAUCUGUUUGAUGAUGGUGGCUGGCUUACAGUGUUCUUACUUAUCCGUGUUUUUAGACCAGAGUCAAGUGGUCCAAGGAGUAGCUGGUCAGGUGCAUCUAGAGCUAGGUCACAGAUAGGUGGGAGAAGAAGAUCUUCAAGACCUUCAAGGCUUUGGGGUGAGAGCUAUGAAGGUAGUAAUACAGGAACAUCAUCCAGAGAUGAGGAAGAUAAUCAAUCUUCUGAUGAACAAGAGUCUGGAACCCGAAGACGACGUGUUAGAAGAAGAGCUUUCAUUGAUGAUGAUGAUGAUGAAGAAGAGCAGUGAUGCCUCUUAAGAUCUACAGUUUGUGUUUGGAGUUUAUGGAAAAGAAAAAUGGGAGAAACAUUGUAGUAAUAACCCCUCUUAUAAAACCCUAUUUUGUAAAAUUUCGUUGGAGAUUGAAAAAAAAAGUUUCAAAUAA